AUGUCAAUGGCCGUGGAGAUGUCAUCAAAACAACCAACGAAAGACUUCUUCUCCUCUCCAGCACUCUCCCUCUCUCUCGCUGGGAUAUUCCGGAAUGCAUCCUCCGGCAGCACGAACCCCGAGGAGGAUUUUUUGGGGAGGAGGGUAGUUGACGAAGAGGAUCGGACGGUGGAGAUGAGCAGCGAGAACUCGGGACCCACAAGAUCCAGAUCAGAGGAGGAGUUGGAGGGUGAUGAGGAGCAAGAGUUGGAUGAGCUGGAGGAAGAUGGUUCCGGAAACAAGGGCAAGAAGAGGAAGCGGAAGAAGUAUCAUCGCCACACCACCGAUCAGAUCAGACACAUGGAAGCGCUAUUCAAAGAGACACCACAUCCGGACGAGAAGCAAAGACAGCAGCUGAGCAAGCAAUUAGGGCUCGCUCCUCGCCAGGUCAAGUUCUGGUUCCAAAACCGCCGCACCCAGAUCAAGGCUAUCCAAGAACGGCACGAGAACUCUUUGCUGAAAGCAGAACUAGAAAAGCUGAGAGAGGAGAACAAAGCGAUGAGAGAGUCGUUUUCAAAGGCUAACUCUUCGUGCCCCAACUGCGGAGAUGAUCUUCACCUUGAAAACUCCAAACUGAAAGCCGAGCUCGACAAGCUCCGUGCGGCUCUCGGACGCACUCCCUACCCACUGCAGGCCUCAUGCUCCGACGACCAAGAACGCCGUCUCGAAAUGUACACGGGGGUCUUUGUCCUGGAGAAGACUCGCAUCGCGGAGAUCGCCAACCGAGCCACCCUUGAGCUCCAGAAGAUGGCCACCUCGGGCGAGCCUCUGUGGCUCCGCAGCGUUGAGACGGGGCGGGAGAUUCUAAACUACGAUGAGUAUCUAAAGGAGUUCCCACAAGCACAGGGGUCUUCGCUUCCUGGAAGAAAAUCCAUCGAAGCAUCCAGAGAUGUGGGCGUUGUGUUUAUGGACGCACAUAAACUUGCGCAGUGUUUCAUGGACGUGGGGCAAUGGAAGGAGAUGUUUGCGUGCUUGAUCUCAAAGGCGGCGACGGUUGAUGUCAUAAGGCAGGGUGAAGGGCCUUCAAGGAUCGACGGUGCCAUUCAGUUGAUGUUUGGGGAAAUGCAGCUGCUCACUCCGGUCGUCCCCACCAGAGAAGUAUACUUUGUGAGAAGCUGCCGGCAGCUGAGCCCUGAGAAAUGGGCCAUCGUGGACGUGUCGGUCUCCGCGGAGGAGGACAAGGAGGCUUCCUUGCUGAAAUGUCGGAAACGUCCCUCAGGCUGCAUCAUCGAGGACACCUCCAACGGCCACUCCAAGGUCACCUGGGUGGAGCACCUCGACUUGUCUGCCUCCACGGUUCAGCCUCUCUUCCGCUCCUUUGUCAACUCCGGUUUAGCCUUUGGUGCUCGUCACUGGGUCGCCACCCUCCAGCUCCACUGCGAGCGCCUCGUCUUCUUCAUGGCUACCAACGUCCCCACCAAGGACUCUCUCGGGGUUACAACGCUAGCAGGGAGAAAGAGCGUUCUGAAAAUGGCUCAGAGGAUGACGCAAAGCUUCUACCGCGCCAUUGCAGCAUCAAGCUACCAUCAGUGGACCAAAAUCACCACCAAAACCGGACAAGACAUGAGGGUUUCUUCCAGGAAGAACCUCCAUGAUCCUGGCGAGCCAACCGGAGUCAUUGUCUGCGCUUCUUCCUCCCUCUGGUUACCUGUCUCUCCAACUCUUCUCUUUGAUUUCUUUAGAGAUGAAGCUCGUCGCCAUGAGUGGGAUGCUCUGUCAAACGGAGCUCAUGUUCAGUCUAUUGCAAGCUUAUCCAAGGGCCAAGACAGAGGCAACUCAGUCUCUAUUCAGACAGUGAAAUCGAGAGAAAAGAGCAUAUGGUUGCUGCAGGACAGCUGCACAAACUCGUAUGAGUCGGUGGUGGUUUAUGCUCCGGUGGAUAUAAACACGACGCAGCUGGUGAUCGCAGGACAUGAUCCAAGCAACAUCCAAAUCCUGCCCUCUGGAUUCUCAAUCAUACCCGAUGGAGUGGAAUCACGGCCAUUGGUAAUCACGUCUACACAAGAGGACAGAAACACGCAAGGAGGGUCCUUGCUCACACUCGCCCUCCAAACACUCAUCAACCCUUCUCCUGCAGCUAAGCUCAAUAUGGAGUCUGUCGAAUCCGUCACAAACCUCGUCUCUCUCACGCUCCACAACAUUAAGACCAGUCUUCAAAUCGAAGAUUGUUAA